UGUCGGCCGGAUCACGUGACGCGGCUUCGAGAUUAAUCCGAAUCUUCCGCCGAGGUUAUCUCCAUCCAAGAUGGCGGAAGGCAACCCGACAAGAUCGCCGAAUAUAUUAUGUCGUUAUUAUGUUUCUGGGAUAUGCCGAGAAGGAACACGUUGUAAAUUCUCACAUGACCGAGAAAAUGCUACUUUAGAUCCAGUCUGUCGUUACUACCUUCAAGGUCGAUGUACAUAUGGUGAUCACUGCAGGUAUGAUCAUAUAAGACCCCCGAGAGGUAACAACAACAGAGUAUUGCAGUCACCUACAGUUAGAACCGCAAAUAGCGGCAUCAUUACAAAUACAUCCAGGAUGGCUUCUCCUAGUUCAGAAACUUCAUCAUGGAAUUCUCAUCAGACAGCUUGGUCGACACCGGCCCUUCAGAAUACUGAUAAAACUGACCAUUCCUCAGGAUCUGGAAUUAAUACAACUAAUAUGACAGUGCUCAGGAAACAAGGACUUUCUUCUGACAGCGGGUUCGGCGAAGAAAUGUCUCAAACAACCGCUGGACCCGGUUCACCGCAGUGGGCUCUCGCACCGGAAUUUGUUCCUCGAGCAGUAUUUUCUUCCUCUGUGAAAUCUUACGCCGAAACAGUAAAGCCAAAAUCUCCAGAAAGCGGCAACAGCGAGUCGCCUCCAUCUCACUCUGAACAACUUUUGUGUCCAUUCGCCAUGGGUGAAGUUUGUCCGUACGGUGAUCAGUGUUCGUAUUUGCAUGGUGAUAUAUGCGAACUAUGUGGUAAACCCUGUCUCCAUCCUUUAGAUGAAGAGCAAAGAAAACAGCAUAAUGAGGAAUGUACACAAGAAAUAGAAAGGGACAUGGAACUGUCGUUUGCUGUUCAACGUAGCCUUGGAAAGACGUGUGGUAUUUGUAUGGAAAUAGUGGUAGAAAAAGAACCCCCUACAGAACGGAGGUUUGGAAUCUUGGAGAAGUGUAAUCACGUAUUCUGUCUCACUUGUAUUCGCCAGUGGAGGAAAAUGAAGCAGUUCGAAAGCAAAAACAUUAGGUAUGAUUGAUUAUUGAUAUAAAUU